CCUCAACUUUAAAACCCGAGCACUCACUGUAAGAAGGAAAUGAAACAGUCAGGCUGCAAAAUGGCAGAAAUUCAGAAGUUACUUCAACAAGAUAUCCCAGCCGAUAGACAAGUUCUGGUGGAAAACUACACAAAACUCCAGCAGGUAGCAGAACACUGUGAAGAUAACUAUGUACAGGCUCAAGACAAGGCAAAGGCUCUUCAGGAAACCAAGGCCUACACCACCCAAUCUCUCGCAGGUGUAGUUUAUCAGAUCAAUACGCUGGCUGAGAAAGUGCUUAGACUACUUGACCUACAGGCUUCUGAAAUCUCCAAAAUGGAAUCUUCCAUUAACUGCAUAUCCCAGAGGGUGGAAAUGCACAAGGAAAAAGUGGCCCGUCGGGAGAUUGGAGCAUUUACUGCCAUUAAGACCACACCAAAGAUUACCAAAAUUAUACCUCCUACAAAUCCAAUCCAACGUGUAAAGUACACCAGGAAACCUAUCAUUUACACGAUUCUUGAUGAUGUUGGUCAUGGGGUAAAGGAAAGCAGCAACAAUUCAAGACUGGGAACUCUAACAAGGAGGAAUAGACAAGGAAGUAUACCAACGUGUCCGACUAUACCCUCCCAAGGAACUAUAGGAAGACGGGGUAUCUCGCCGGCACCAGUUCAGCCUCCGGUGGUCUCCAGCGCACUCAGCAGCCCCGUGACCAGCUCCCCACCUGCAGAUGGGCCUCAGGUGCUCAGCAGUGAACCCGGCAGAGACAGGAGCAGUUCCAGAGCCAGUGACAUGGUGGUGCCUCCUCCUCCACCACCACCACCACCACCACCCACCCCGGCAACGUGCGGAACAGAUGGAAUUGGUUUUCCGGAACCAUUGGCUGUGAAUUCAUUGGGGCUGCCCCCUGCCCCUCCUCCUCCACCAGAAGUCACCAGUGAGAUCUACCUCCCUCCUCCUCCCCCCUUAAUGUCUGAUGCUCCCUCAUCAGUCACUGAAUGCCCACCACCACCACCUCCUCCUGACUACAUGCUUGACUUUGAUGAAUGCCCACCCCCUCCACCUCCCAUAGACUACCUAGAUGACCAUCACUUGGCACCAGCCAACUACAUCGAGAAAGUUGUUGCUCUCUUUGCCUACAACAAAAACUGCGAAGAAGACUUGACUUUCAAAGAAGGAGAAAUUAUCUAUGUCAUCAAGAAGAAUGAGAAUGGAUGGUAUGAAGGCAUCAUCAAUGGAAUAACCGGCUACUUUCCUGAAAACUAUGUACGGCCAAUCAAUUAGAGCAAUGGAGAUCAGCUGCAGGAUUCACCAGCAAUGUGUAUCAUCAUGUAAACGUUCCAAACAUUCACUUUUUUCUUGUAAAUUUCCUUAGAAGGAGCAUGUCUUUUUAUUUGGUGGAUGAAGGUGAUGCCUCCUAAAUCUUGCAGCUGACUGAUGUCACAGCCCAUGGAAGCCUCUUUAUCUGCUGGGCCAGAUUCAUAUUUACGAAGCAUAACAUAACCUUUGAAUGAUGCAGCGAGAUUGUAAACCUUAAGACAGCAGCAUCCUCAAAAUAACCAGGAUACUGGACCCAUCCUUUCUCUUAUGUACAAACUGUACAAAAGGGAUGGAAUGCACCUUAACAGGUGGGGGACUGGCAUUCAGGCAGGCAGGUUUGCCACUGCGACACAGGUGGUUUUAAACUAAAUAAGGGGGGUGGGGGGUGGUCAAAUGGGAUAGUCAAGAAUGGAGUUAAAGGGAAAGGGAGUAACGGGAUAGUAAAUGACCCCAGAAUUAAUGGGAGAGAAAGCUCACAAAGGGAUAGGAGAGUAUGGCCAAGUGUAAUAGGGAUCGAUGUGAAUGGUGAGAUGCGUAAGGAAUUAAAAGUACUGUAUUUGAAUGCGCGAAGUAUAAGAUGUAAGUAGAUGAGCUUGAGGCUCAGAUAGAGGUUGGUAGAUAUGACAUUGUGGGGAUUACCGAGACGUGGCUGCAGGAGGAUCGGAUCUGGGAACUUAAUAUUCAGGGUUAUACAAUCUAUAGAAAGGACAGGCAGGCAGAGGAGGGGUGAUAGCUCUUCUGGUGAGGAAUGGAAUUCAGUCCCUUGUGAGGAAAGACAUAGGGACUGACGAGGUAGAGUCACUGUGGAUUGAGUUGAGGAAUUGCAAAGGCAAGAAGGCACUAAUUGGUGUUAUUUACAGACCACCAAAUAGUAGCCCGGAUGUAGGGUGUAAGUUGCAGCAGGAGUUAAAACUGGCAUGUAACAAAGGUAAUGCCACUGUGGUGAUUGGGGAUUUCAAUAUGCAGGUAGACUGGGAAAAUCAGGUUGGUUCAGGACCCUAAGAAAGAGAGUUUGUGGAGUGCCUCUGAGAUGGAUUCUUAGAGCAGCUUGUAAUGGAGCCGACCAGAGAAAAGGCAAUUCUGGAUUUAGUGUUGUCCAAUGAACCAAAUUUGAUAAGAGAACUCGAGGUAAAGGAACCGCUUGGAGAUGGUGAUCAUAAUAUGAUUAGUUUUAAUCUGCAAUUUGUGAAGAAGGCUAAAUCGGAAGUGGCAGUGAUGCAGUUGAACAAAGGGGACUAUUAAGGCAUGAGUGUAGCUGGUCAAGGUAGACAGGAAAGGGAUACUAGCAGGAAUGACGGUGGAACAGCAAUGGCAGGAAUUUCUGGGCAUAAUCUGGAAGACGCAGGAUCAUUUCAUUCCAAAAAGAAAGAAAGAUUCUAAGGGGAGUAGGAGGCAACCAUGGCUAAGAAGGGAAGUUAGGGAUAGAAUAAAACUAAAAGAAAAGAUGUAUAACGCAACAAAGAGUAGCUGGAAGCCAGAGGAUUGGGAAACUUUCUUAGGACAACAGAAAAAAACAAAACGAGCAAUACGGGCUGAAAAGAUGAAGUACGAGGGGAAGCUGGCCAGGAAUAUAAAGAAGGACAGUAAAAGCUUCUUUAGAUAUGUUAAGCGAAAAAGAAUAGCAAAGUCAAAUGUGGGUCCCUUGAAGGCAGACACAGGUGAAAUUAUUAAUGGGGAACAAGGGAUUGGCAGAAGAGUUGAACAGGUACUUCGGAUCUGUCUUCACUAAUGAAGACACAAACAACCUCCCAGAAGUACUGGAGGACAGAGGAUCUAAAGAGGUCGAGGAACUGAAAGAAAUUUUUAUUAGGCAAGAAAUUAUAUUGGGUAGGCUAAUGGGACUGAAGGAUGAAAUAUCCCCUGGGCCUGAUGGAUUGCACCCCAGGGUCCUCAGGGAGGUGGCUCUAGAAAUAGUGGACGCAUUGGUGAUAAUUUUGAAAUGUUCAAUAGAUUCAAGAGCAGUUCCUGUGGAUUGGAGGAUAGCUAAUGCUAUCCCACUUUUCAAGAAAGGAGCGAGAGAGAAAACGGGGAAUUACAGACCAGUUAGCCUGACUUCGGUGGCGGGAAAGAUGCUGGAGUCAAUUAUUAAAGAGGUAAUAAUGGGGCAUUUGGAUAGCAGUUAAAGGAUUAGUCCAUGUCAGCAUUGAUUUAUGAAAGGAAAAUCAUGCUUGACUAAUCUUCUGGAAUUUUUUUAGGAUGUUUCCAGUAAAAUGGAUGAAGGGGAGCCAGUGGAUGUAGUGUAUUUAGACUUUCAGAAAGCCUUUGUUAAGGUCCCGCACGGGAGAAUGGUGACUAAAAUUAGAGCACAUGGUAUUGGGGGUAGGGUGUUGACGUGGAUAGAAAAUUGGUUGACAGACAGGAAGCAAAGAGUAGGAGUGAACGGGUCCUUUUCAGAAUGGCAGGCAGUGGUGAGUGGAGUGCAAGGCUCGGUGUUGUUAAUGAUUUGGAGAGGGAAUUAGGAGCAACACUAGCAAGUUUGUGGAUGAUACAAAGCUGGGUGGCAGUGUGAACUGUGAAGAGGACGUUAGGAGGUUGCAGGGUGACCUGGACAGGUUGAGUGAAUGGGCAGAUGCGUGGCAGAUGCAAUAUAAUAUAGAUAAAUGUGAGGUUAUCCACUUUGGUGGCAAAAACAAGGAGGCAGAUUACUAUCUCAAUGGGGUUAGGUUAGGUAAGGGGAAGGUACAGCGAGACCUGGGUGUCCUUGUACACCGGUCACUGAAAGUUGGCGUGCAGGUACAGCAGGCAGUGAAGAAAGCUAAUGGAAUGUUGGCCUUCAUAACAAGAGGAUUUCAGUAUAGGAGUAGAGAGGUUCUACUGCAGUUGUAUAGGGCUCUGGUAAGACCACAUCUGGAGUACUAUGUACAGUUUUGGUCUCCUAAUUUGAGGAAGGACAUCCUUGUGAUUGAGGCAGUGCAGUGUAGGUUCACAAGAUUGAUCCCUGGGAUGGCAGGACUGUCAUAUGAGGAAAGAUUGAAAAGACUAGGCUUGUAUUCACUGGAGUUUAGAAGGAUGAGGGGAGAUCUUAUAGAAACAUAUAAAAUUAUAAAAAGACUGGACAAGCUAGAUGCAGGAAAAAUGUUCCCAAUGUUGGGCGAAUCCGGAACAAGGGGCCACAGUCUUAUAAUAAAGGGGAGGCCAUUUAAGACUGAGGUGAGAAAAAAACUUUUUCACCCAGAGAGUUGUGAAUUUGUGGAAUUCCGUGCCGCAGAGGGCAGUGGGGGGCAAAUCACUGGGUGGAUUUAAGAGGGAGUUAGAUAGAGCUCUCGGGGCUAGUGGAGUCAAGGGGUAUGGGAAGAAGGCAGGCACGGGAUAUUGAUUGGGGACGAUCAGCCAUGAUCACAAUGAAUGGCGGUGCUGGCUCGAAGGGCCGAAUGGCAUCCUGCAUCUAUUUUCUAUGGUUCUAUGUUUAUAGUUCUCUUAUAUAGUUUGGAGCCAAUUUGGAGGUUGUAGUGUUUAAUAGCCUUCUGGUCAUAGGAAAGAAGCUGUUCCUGAGUGCUUUACAUUUCUUUCUUCUUCUCUCCUUAACUGACAGCUCUUGGUGUCUCCUUUUCACCUCUAGCCUUACUCCAACCCCCUCACCUGUAUCCAUCUAUCAUUUGCCAGGCAGGCAUUGUUCUGCCCACCUCCCUUUUCCAGCUUUCUCCCUACUACAAUUAGUCUGACCCAAAUUGGCACCUAUCCAUGUCCUCCUGAGAUGCUGCCUGACCCACUGAGUUACUCCAGCACUUUGUGUUUUACUGCAAAUGAGUGGUUUGACUUUAUGAGAAAAAAAAAACACGCAUGAGUUCUAUUUAACUUUACAGUCACCCUGUUAUAGUCAGCUCUGUUUUACUAAAGAUUGUAGACUGAAUACAGUAGUUGGAAGGUCAUGUUGCAGUUAUAUAAGACGUUGGUGAUACCACAUUUAGAGUAUUGUGUUCAGUUUUGGGCACCAUUUUAUAGGAACGAUGUUGUCUAUCUGGAAAGGGUGUAGAGAAGAUUUAUAAGGAUGUUGCCAGGACCCAAGGGCCUGAGCAAAAGGGACAGGUUGAGCAGACUAGGACUCUAUUCCUUGGAGAGCAGGAGUAUGAGGGGUGAUCUUAUAGAGGUGUACAAAAUCAUGAGAGGAAUAGAUUAGGUAAACGCACAGAGUCUCUUGCCCAGCGUAGGGGAAUCGAGAACCAGAGGACAUUAGAUUAAUGUGAGGGGGGAGAUUUAAUAGGAACCUAAGGGGUAACUUUUUUACACAAAAUGUGGUGGGUGAUUGGAAUGAGCUGUCAGAGGAGGUAGUUGAGGCAGGCUAAGAAACAUUUAGACAGGUACAUGAAUAGGGUAGGUUUAGAGGGAUGUGCACCAAAUCCAGGCACGUGGGGCUAGUGUAAAUGGAACAUGUUGGUCAGUAUGGGCAAGUGGGCCUGUUUCCACACUGUAUGAUUCUAUGACAUUGGGGUGUCAGGGUCUGGUCCCACUUUCUGACCUGCCAACAUCUCUAUGACCUCUUGAAUGGCCCAAAGCCUUGAAACACCUCCCAGUCCACCAAUUCUCCAAUUAGCUGAUUGCCUUGGCCACUGUCCUACAGCGGACCCAUUGGCCCAUGAUUAAAUAACAUUUCACUGCACCCUCUCCCAAGGCUUCUGUUUUCUUUGCACACUAUCAUGUGCUUGGUUCCUAAUGCCUGUCAGGGAGCAACAAUGGUCAAUAGACACUUUUCUAGUUCUAUUAGAACAUGGAGAAAAGAACAGUACAGGACAGGAGCCAACCCUUUGGUCCACAAUGUCCAUGCCAAUCAUAAUGAUGUUAAACUAAUCUUGUCUGCCAGCAUGUGACCCUCUGCAUAUCCAUGUGUCUACUCAAAAGAUUCUGAAAUGACACUAUUGUAUCUCUAUAAACCUCGCCCUACACAUCACCUUUAAACUUUGUUCCUCUAUCCCCUCUUAUCUUUAAUAUUUCCAUCCUGGGGAAAAGGUUCUGACUGUUUAUCCUAUCUAUGCCGCUCAUAAUUUUAUAUAUUUUGGUCAGGUCACCUCUCAACCUCCGACACUCCAGAGAAAUCAAUCUUAGUUUGUCGAACCUCUUUCUUUACAGCUAAUACCCUCUGAUCCAAGCAUCAUUCUGGCGAACAUCUUUUAGACUUUAGAAAUACAAAAUGGAAAUAGGCCCUUCGGCCCACCGAGUCCGCGCUGACCAGCGAUCAUUACGUACACUAGCAUUAUCCCGCACACUAGUAACAAUUUACAAUUUCUUAGGAGCCAAUUAACCGACAAACCUGUACAUCUUUGGAGUGUGGGUGGAAACCGGAGUUCCCUGAGAAAGCCCACCGAGAAAGGAGACCGUUUAAACUGUAUAGACAGCACCCUUAGUCAGGAGCGAACCUGGGUCUCUGGAGCUGUUAGGCAGCAACUCUAACGCUGCAUCAGUGCGCCGCCCAUCUGCACCCUCUCUGAAGCCUCCAUAUCCUUCCUGUGAUGAUGCUACCAGAACUGCACACAAUACUCUAAAUGUGGUCUAACCAAAGACUGCAGGUGAAAAGCAAAUUAAAAUGAGAAUCAUUUUUCUUUCCAUGUUCCCCACAAGGUUUACAGACGUGCUGUUUGUUUCCCCACUGUAAACUUGGUGAAAGAUGUGAACACACCUUAGUUUUUUUAAGUGGAACUAAGAAGAUUUAAGGCUAAAGUUAAUGUUGGAACUCUUACUGUGAAUGAAUACUGAACACUGCUGUAGAAGAUUCACUAUUUUAACAAUACUUAAUCUUUGUUGGCCAAAAUAACAGAUAAAUGAAUAUAUUAUGAUCAUGUCAAAUAUUUGCUAACAUAACUGACAAUUAUAAUAUCUGAUUUGUAUAGUAAAACAAUUCUUAUAUUUUGUAUGUUUGGUUAAUACACUGAAAAAUUACUUUGUACUUUUCUGUAUAACAUUUCCAAAAUGCUAUCUUUCUAAAAAUACAAUGAGAUGGAUGAGCUAUUUGUUACUUCACGGUCUUCUUUGAAAAUAAUUGUGACAAAUGAAAUUGUGCGAAGAUUUAAUGGAGGUGUAUAAAUAAAUAAAUGGACUGAUAGGGGACCGAACUGCCUGAGUAGAGGGCACCAAUCAGAGGGUAGAACUUUAACUUAAGAGGUAGAAGGUUUAGUGAGCUGGUGAGAAAACAAGAUAUUUUAUUAACAAGUUGUAUGAGUAUGGAAGUCACGGCUGGGAGGGUGAUUUGAGGCAGACAUCCUCUCCUUAUUCAGAAGGUAUCAAGCAGAGCACUUGUAGUGCCACAACCAACAGGGUAAUGAAAUGAGAGAUGUGAAGUACGUAAUGUGUUGAAAGAACACCUUCUGGUGCAUGGAUAGGGCCAACAGGUACAUGGAUUGGAUACGGACCAAAUGCGGGCAGGUGGGACUAGUGUAGCUGGGACAUGUUGGCCAGUGUGGGCAUGCUUGGCCGAAGGGCCUGUUUCCACAUUGUAUCACUCUAUGACUCCUGGGCUUUCUUUGUAUAGCUGCAGUACUGCAGCUCUAUCCAUGAGCCAGUUUAUAUAGAAUAAUGGCUGGGUCAGAGCAGGACUUUGCACCAUCCAGUAACUAUGAAAAGGCUGCCCGUGUACACAGACGUGUGUGGAUUAAUAUCAGUGGGGAUCCCUAUAUCAGUCAAAGGGACAGAGGUUCAAGAACAGAUUCUAAGAUUUUCCCUUUUGUUGAGCUAAUGGAUAUAAUUGUAACAUUUUAAUGGUAUCACAGAUCAUGAUUCUUAUAGAAAUUGAAAUACAUUUUACGUGAUUCUGCAAAUAUAGUUUGCAAUUUUUGCCUUCAAAUUGCACAACACACCUGUCAUAAAAUAGGUUUCCUUCAGUCCUGCAAAUGAUGUUAUGAAUAUGUCUGGAGCUUAUUUUUAGAAGAG